GUCAAUGUCAAAAUGUCAAGUUUGUUUGUGAAUUUGUGAUUGUUGCAAAAACAUAAUUUUUUAGAAACAAAUUCAAACUCAAAUUCGGAUAAGUUUUGUCCUUAUGAAGGAUAGAUUUGAAGUAACUAAACGUUUGCUUGUAGUGGCUUUGUUUUUGCUUUUUAUUUGGACGUGUCAGCAGCUUUUUGGAGAGUAAUUUUUAGUUCUUAUAUAUAAAGUUGUUUUAGUUGUUUUUUUUUUUAUAUUAAAACACCUUCAAACCAUCAUGUCUAAACAAAAAGUAUCAUAUUUCUUUAAUCCCGAUGUAGGGAAUUUUCAUUAUGGGACAGGUCAUCCCAUGAAACCUCAUAGACUAUCUGUUAUCCACAGUUUAAUAAUGAAUUAUGGUCUUCAUAAACGAAUGCAAAUUUAUAGGCCUUAUAAAGCUAGUGCACAUGAUAUGUGUAGGUUUCAUUCUGAUGAAUACAUAGAUUUCCUACAGAAGGUAACGCCACAAAAUAUUCAAGCAUUCACCAAACAUCUUAGCCAUUAUAACGUAGGAGAUGAUUGUCCUGUCUUUUAUGGGUUAUUUGAUUUUUGUUCAAUGUACACUGGGGCUUCUUUGGAAGGAGCUAUGAAGUUAAAUAACAAUGAGUGUGAUAUUGCAAUAAAUUGGUCAGGGGGAUUACACCAUGCCAAAAAGUUUGAAGCAUCUGGAUUUUGUUAUGUUAAUGAUAUUGUUAUAGCUAUUUUAGAAUUGCUCAAGCAUCAUCCUAGGGUUUUGUAUAUAGACAUUGAUGUUCAUCAUGGAGAUGGUGUUCAGGAAGCAUUUUACCUAACAGAUAGGGUUAUGACAGUGAGUUUUCAUAAAUAUGGAAAUUAUUUCUUCCCCGGAACAGGAGACAUGUAUGAAAUAGGAGCAGAAAGCGGAAGAUAUUACUCUGUUAAUGUACCUUUAAAAGAAGGAAUUGAUGAUGCCAGUUAUUGGCAGGUAUUUAAGCCAGUCGUGUCUGCUGUUAUGGAUUUCUAUCAACCGUCCGCAAUAGUAUUACAAUGUGGAGCUGAUUCUUUAGCUAUGGAUAGAUUAGGUUGUUUUUCUUUAAGUACAAAGGGCCAUGGGGAAUGUGUCAAAUUUGUUAAAAAUUUGAAUGUGCCCACUUUGGUUGUGGGGGGAGGAGGUUAUACAUUAAGAAACGUAGCUCGUUGCUGGACUUACGAAACAUCGUUAUUGGUUGACGAACAAAUAUCAAAUGAAUUACCUUUUACUGAAUAUUUGGAAUUUUUCGCUCCUGAUUUUACAUUGCAUCCCGAAGUAGUGACCAGGCAAGAUAAUGCAAAUAGCAAGCAUUAUUUAGAAGCAAUUACAAAGUACACAAUUGACAACUUAAAAAUGUGUCAAAAUUCUCCUAGUGUGCAAAUGCAUGACGUUCCUGGUCCGGCGAUAACCGAGGACGAAAAAAUAAAGGAAGAAGAGGAUCCCGAUGUUAGAAUAAGUCAACAAUUGGAAGAUAAAAUCGUAGAACCGAAAAACGAAUUUUAUGAUGGUGAUAAAGAUAAUGAUAGAGAACAAUGAUUUUAGAACUUAACUUAGCUGUAAGAAUUUUUAUUAGAUUUUUGUACAAAACGUAGUUUUAAUUUUUUUACUUUUUACGAUUUGUCCGGUUGUAUACGAGUGGCGUACUAUCGAAGGCAUCUAGAAUAUAUUAUUAUAUAUUAUUGUGUAUUAUUAUUGUGUUUACUCCACACCGGAGGGCAAUAAGUCCGAAGGAAAAAAAUCGAACAAGAUCAAAAACACUUGAGACAAAUUAGGAAGGCCUGUGUGUAUCAGUGGACACUACAGGCUGUGUGAUGAUGGUCAGAAAUAGUAUAGAAUUGAAAAGAAAACAGCUAUAACUUGUAUAUCAUGGGUCUUGACCGUCUUCAAGAUGUUCCUUGAUUCCAACUUCAUGUGUACUUUGUGUUUUCACUUAGUUAUAUUCAGAGUCUUCAGGUAGUGUGCCAUAUAUCUGAGUCUGGAUUAGAGAUGCGCGAUGUUCAUCGUAAAAUUGAUUUUAAAUGAAAACACAAUACAGACAAACAAUAAAUAGAAUUAUAUAAAAUAAAAUUUCACAAAAUGUUUAAUACGUCAGAAAUAUUCAAACUGAAAUAACUUUUUCCACCUACCUCUACCGAAAGUAUAUUUUUCCGGACCUGAUUUUAGGGAGCAAAGUUGUACUUUUCCUCCCUAGGGAGAAAAAGUAAAAGUGACGUCAUGGUAUUUCAUUCAUGAAAUAUAACUUAUUGACGCCCUGUACAAUAUCUAUUUUCUGUUACGUAAGUAUCUAUACAUUUUAACUUUUAUUUAUAAAACACCCUGUGUUUUGCAGGAUGGUAAAAAACAGUAAAUUGUUAUUUUGAUUUAACAAUGUUUACAUUAAUAAUUUGACUUAUAUUUGACAGUUGACACUUAUAUUGUACCUACUUGUUAGUUUUAGUUCUAAUAAAUUUUGUUGGUUAGUUAUAUAAAUAAAUUAACUAAAAAUGAAAAAAUUACUUGUUAUUUGAGGAAGGUGGAAAAACCAUAUGUAUAACAUGGGAGUAAAGUGCCUUUCCCCCCGCUACGCGUCGGGCAGUAAACUUCAUUCUCGGGAGGAAAAGUAGCACUUUCCUCCUUUGUUAUACAAAUAGCUAUUGCUAUGGUUGAGACAGCUUGCCCACUAAGUAAAAUAAUACAUGUAAUUUGAGAUUUUUUUUAUAAAAGCAUGUUAAUUAUUAGGAGUUUUCUAGGACAUUGUGGGUAAAUUAGUAAACAUGAUGCGAAAAAAUUA